UCGACUCCUGCUGCUUGUAUGGUUUUAAAAAAAAAAAAUGCCAUCAAAAUUUCCCAAAAGCCAAUGUGAUGUCUUUAAAUAUCUUUCAUCUUUUUGUCAAACAUUUAAGACCCAAAAGGAUACGCUGAUAUAUAUAUAUACAGUAUAUCUAUUUAAAGUGUUAAGUAUUAUCAUUUCCCGAGCGGUCAUUAAGACAAUGAUGCAAACCAGAGUCAUUUGGAAAUGAUCAUCAUCCUUCCUGUGACCCACAGCAGCAACUAAGAUGGGACAUGAUCGUGUAGACUGCAGCCUCUCUGUUGAUGUCAACAGCCUACACAUGGCACCUCACCCCUCCAUGCCCCUGCAUUUGGCACUGACACACACAGCCAACACCCCUGUUAUCCUGCCUGGUUUUUACUAGAAGCCCACCUCCCCGACCCACACCCAACCCCCUCCGAGCUGGUGGGAUGUCACCACUAUAUUUAAGUGGGCAGCAUCUGUGUACGUGGGGGGGGGCAACAACUGAGGCAGAGGCUAAAAGCUGUCACAUCUUGAGACGUGAGCUGUAUCUGAGGCUUGUGACAGGUUAAGUGGGAGGCCCCCUGACCAGACGGCUACUCAUCUUCCAAAUCUCGUCACUGGAUCUAAGCGUUUUAAAAUAGGCCGGCAGAGGGUAUAAAGAGGUCUGCAGGGAGGCCUGACCCCUCAGAGGAAACGGCUUCGCUGUCAAUACAUAGGAGAAACAGGACACUGAACCGCAGGAGAACUGACUGAAGACUUUUUAAGACUUGAAGGAAGUAAGACUUUUGCCGCAAUUUCCCAGGUUUUCUUCAAGACAAAAGGGGACGUCUGACUCUACUAUGAUGAAGUACUACCAGUGCCCCGUGUCCCAGACCAUUGGGGUCAAGGCCCACGCCAAGGACCGCGGAGUCCCAGUCAGCUGCAAGAGCUCUGCUCCUCUGAAGCCCGUCCGCAGUGUCCACUUCCCCAAUGACAUUGUUUUCCUGGACUGCGUGCGACACGGCGAGCUGGAGAGGAUUGGACUUUUCCUCCGGGCCAGGAGGGUCAACCUGGACACCAUCUACCACUCUGGCAUGGCAGCCGUCCACGAGGCCGUCCUGUCCGGGAACCUGGAGUGUGUAAAGCUGCUGGUCCACUACGGGGCAAAUAUCGUGCAGAAAGAUGAGGAGGGGUGGACCCCACUGCACAUGGCCUGCAGCGACGGUUUCCCACACAUUGCACGCUACCUGCUGUCGCUGGGUGCUGACCCAGAGCUGGAGAACGAGUGCGGGGAGAAGCCGGCUGACCUCAUCGAGCCGGACAACAAGGAGCUGCUGGAGCUCUUCGGCUUGGCCGCCGCCGACGACUGAGCGGCACCCCCCCCGGCCUCUGGAGCCCCACACACACACUCGUCUGACACCCUACACCCAGUCGUCCGACUGCUCUGCAGCCAUGGACGGGAAAGGCCACGUCAGUCCAGCGCCCUGAGCGUCUUCAGCUCAGGAGAUCAAGGACUGUGGAUGGAUGGAGAGCGUACAGAGCUGGCUGGCUGCCUCCUGAGUGGAGUGAACUUUGGCCGGGAGGGGGGGGGGGGUUCCCCCUCUGAUCCCCAGCCGUACAGAUUUACUGUACGUCCUUGCAGGAGCUUCGCGUCCCUUUGUGCUGAAUUUUGAACUGAAUGAAUCGCUUGACGCUGCUGCUGUUGAUUUGGGCACGUCGCUUGAAUUCACGAGGGCUUGUGGACGUCGUGAGCACCUCUCUGACAGCAUGCCCUCCGGCGUUGUAAUGUCUUGGUGACAUUUGUUCACAGUGGAUUAGAAGAUUUUUGUUGUUGUUCUGUUUUGCCUCUUUCAGUUUCAGUUAAAUGACUGUAUUGAUUUUUUUGUUUUUGUUUGUUUCUACGUUACUUUUUAUACUUUACUGCUUUUUUAAAAAAAUAAACUUUAACCUUUUUCCAUUUGAUCGUUUUCCAGCACAGUGUGGGACAAUGAACAUUUGAAUGAGCAUCACUUUCAGCUUCUGGUUGUGUGUCGAGGUGAAAUGCUUUAAAGUGUCCUGGCGCAGCUUCACAACUGAGAAAGGAAGAAGGCAUGGUGUCAGGAACUACUUUACUGUGAAAAGUAUUGACAAAAAGAAAUUCAUUAAAAUGUCCUUGCACACCUGAA